GCGAACUUCAUUGAUACAGUCAUCUCGACCAUAAAUAGGUUGUCGGGAAUUCUCCAGCAAUCCGAAAGUUCCAAUAGAGAGGACAGCAUUACUGCCGCAGGUAGCUAUAGCUAAGCGUGUGUACAAAAUUGCUGCUAGUAAUUCGACUGCGAAACAGAGCCUAGGAGUAUCUCCAUUCAAAGCAAUGCAGCAAUAGUUUAAUUGACUGCGCUAAUCUCCAAAAAGCACAACAGGAAUUACAACUACAUGAAAAAAAGAGGCGAUUAUUCUACAUACUAUGUUAACCUUCCACAUCCGUUGCAUACUAGAGCAUGUGCUACAGCCAAAUAGGACAACGGGUACUCGUUAAAAGCUGCUCUCUCCUUCACUAACAUACUCCUUCUGGGGAGGGUUUGUCGGAGCUAUAAGAAAUGCGGAAAAAGGCGAUCUCAUAGUUUUGAGCAUAUCAUGUAUCGCUUGUUCGACUGCGCUGUGAACGUCAGCCUAGCUUUGAUUUCUGAUACUGUUGCAAUGCGUAGCUAACCGGAAAACAGGCGCAAGAAAUCAAGCACCAAGCAAAGACUAUCGGAGAAACGAGACCAAUCCGAACAAGCACGAUGUGGACACGUAGUCCUGUUCAAACCAGCCCUACCACUUCUCCAGUUAAACCCGUGUCCCCUGUUAAAUUCUAUAGCCCUUCUAAAAGAGAUCCUACUUACAAACCAGAUACGGCGACCUUCAAGAAGAAUGACAUCUAUUAUAUCAUUGGACAGCAGAGUGGCGCACUUAAACGCAAACAUCGACCCAAUUUGAUACGUACCAUCGAUGAGUUGGCCACAUCCACCCGCGUGAGCUUGGGUGAUCGUUGCUAUUUGGGCUGCCAUGUAAUACCAAAUGAGCAUCAACAUGAAAACAGUAUCAGGUAUCGUGACAAGGUGUUCUGCGGGACCUUCGAAAAAGAUGGAAACAUGUUCAUUACAACCUCUCAGGACUGCGUCGUCAGGAUCUAUGAUACAACUGGUAACCGUCCGAUCUGGAGAAAGUCGAUCCACGCGACGGAUGUUGGCUGGAGUAUCCUUGAUACAUCCGUUUCGCCGGAUGGCCGUCUUUUCGUCUAUUCCUCCUGGUCAGAAAAUCUCCACUUGUGCCAAAUUGAUGGACAAAGUGAGGAAAGUGUCACGCUAGAGCUCAACCCGUUAGAGAAUCGCUUCUGCGUAUUCUCUCUGAAAUUCUCCGCAAACGGAGAAGAAAUUCUUUGCGGAGCUUCUGACACAUCGCUAUACGUCUAUAGUCUCUCAGCCCAAAAACGGACGUUGCUAAUUCCGGCCCAUAAUGACGAAGUGAACGCUGUGUGUUUCGCCGACCGAAGUUCGCACAUCCUUUUUACAGGUGGCGAUGACGGGCUUGUAAAAGUGUGGGACAGACGUGUUCUUAAUGAGGCUAACGCUCGUCCCGUCGGCGUACUCGCUGGCCACCGCAACGGAGUAACCUUUGUAGAUUCAAAGGGCGACGGCCGUUACCUUCUUUCAAACUCAAAGGACCAGAGCAUAAAGCUAUGGGACGUGCGCCGUUUUGCUGAUCAUGAAGGCAUCGAAGCCACUCUGGCAGCAGUAGGCGAUCAACGAUGGGACUAUCGUUGGCAACCCGUCCGAAAAUCGCAGCGAAUUGCCACAUGGACACCGCUCCCAGGGGAUGUUAGUGUGAUGACUUACAGGGGUCAUACAGUUCUGCAGACACUUAUUCGGUGUCGCUUUUCGCCAAUAUUUACCACAGGCCAGCGCUAUAUCUAUACAGGUUGUGCUUCCGGAAGGGUUUACGUCUAUGACGUUCUAACGGGCGAGCCCAGGCGGAUCCUAAUGGGGCAUCGGGACUGUGUACGAGAUGUAUCGUGGCAUCCAUACGCACCAAAAAUUAUGUCAACAUCAUUCGAUAAAACCGUUAAGGAAUGGACUUACUGCAGUGAGAUGCCGCAUCAGUACGUAGACCUUGAUCCAGAUGAAGAGGUUGCUCUUGAAGCACGACGAUUUCGCACUCGGCGAAGAAUUCGACUAGAUUCCGACUAGAAUAAGGAAGAGUUCAGGGGAUGUGAGUCAACCUCGUUGAAAACCGGGCUUACGUACCGUGUGUAUCGUUAUGGCUUAAUUUUAAGGCCUCGUGAUAUCAUAAAAGGAUAGGUCAUUAUACAUAAAUAUCAGACUAAAUGAAUAUUUGGUCGAUAGUGGCUUAUGCGGUGAGCAGCUAUUUAUAACACAUUCUGCUUGUGUAGGAUAAUCAUCGUAACAUUUUUAAUGGAACUAUCGUGAAUGAAUUCGCUUUAUAAAGAUCGAAAGGUCGAUAAUUUCAUUUAUUGUUGAUCUGGGUAUCUUGGACUACAAGUUGCACUUUGAUGUGGAUACCGAACAUCUCAUGGGAAUCUUAGAUAAUAUAUGUUAGAUAAAAUCACAGUGUGCUUGUAACCAUCACAUUUUAGGCGAGCAUCACUAUUUUAGACAAAAUUGCAACUCGUUUGCAACAUGGGAUGUACAGAAAAAAAAUGUAAGAAGUGGGAAAAUAAAGCUUAUAGCUUGUAUUGUACCUUAUGACU